GCCGCGAUAGCCGCGCGCCUACUCUCAGGAAUCGUUGAGGACACUUGGCUGCGUGGACAACCGUGGGAAAGUUGCAUCGCAUACGUACAGCCUCUUUCCCUCCUGCGAUAUGGUAAAGUCCAAACUCCAGAUGACCGGGCUUUACCGUCUCAUUUUUACCACAGCAACCGCAGUAUCUUCCCAUGGACCCUGCUUUGCAAGCGAAUAUCAACGCCCCCAUUCACCUUCAAGGAUGCCGAAUAGUCCGUACACCCAAGAUGCGGGCCUCCCACUAGACCCAACCUACACCUCAUGCGCGCCGCUGAUUGGCCGCGCUGCAUCCCGUUCUCUCGCCUGGUCAACAGCUCAGCAAAGACUCAGAUGCCGUCAGAUGUUCAAGUUUAUUGUUGGGAAGGGGUAGCAAGGGUUUUGGAGGUGUGGAGGGUCGACAUGAGCGCAGAGGGACCUUGUGAUCUCGCCGAGAAUCAUGUCGCGUUUGGCCGCAUGGACUGAGACAGAGCACCCUUUUGACCUGGCAAGGUCAUUGAAGGCGAUUAGGUAUCACAUUCCAACAUUUAAGAAGAGCUACCCAUACAUA